GUGCCCAGAGUACGAUUUUACACCACCCGAUUCGCGCUGAGUCUGCCUAGAGAGUCCAAGGGGGUGGAAAAAACAAGAAAUAUAUAGAAGACAAGGAAAAAGUAAAAAAAAAAAAAAAAAAAACGAUAAGGAAAAGAAAGUCAAUUUUCUAUUAGUCGUUUCUCAAACUAGUGUGAUAAACUAUACGUGAUUUUGAGUUGAAAAAGAUAUAUAUAGUUUUAUUUCACAAGCAUAUUCGGCUACGCUUUUCAUCCCUUGGGUUGGCGAAAGGGUGGCGCUCGAAUUAUAUAUACUAUAUAUCGAAAGCCGAAAGCUUGAACUCGCAGUGCAUUUGAGAGUUGAGGGCGAUAGUCCCGAGUCGGGAAAAUUGAUCCUGCUUUGCGUCGUGUGCUCGUCGACGUUCGUUAUAGUGUAUAUAAAGAGGAAGAGAGAGAGAGAGAGAGAAAGAGUGGGAAUUCCUCACCCCGGGAAACAAAUCGUUGAUCCAUUAUUAUUAUUAUUAUUAUUGUUGAUUUUUACUUGUUCCGGUUAUGAAAUGGAAAAAAUGCCCGUUUUUAAUUGCUCCGCGGCUCCGUGCGUGUGAAAAGCACCAGGAACACGAUAAAAGAAUAUAAAUAAGCAAACGCACCCAGAUAUCUAUUUAUAAGUUUAUAGUGAGCAUAUAGGCGAGGAAUUAGUGCGAGAAGAGGAAGCGACCAGGCGCGAGACUUGCUGGCGUGUGAGAAAAAUAUUGUGUGUGAGUUUGUUCCGAAAGACGAGACCAGUCCGAAAAAACACCCCCUCUUUACCCCUUUUAUAUCUAUAUAUAUUUUAUUGAAUUCAUUUCACUGUGUGGCUCAUUCAGUUUUUCAACCCCUUUCGGCUCUAUCGUGACUAGUGAGUGCCUAUAAAGUGCAAUACGAACGGAUAUGACGAGCGGAUCCGCCCGGUUCACGUGAUAUCUUCUUCACUUUACUUUUAAGAUGUGCUCGCAGAGGAAUCCCAAGAGGAUAACCGGGCCGUAGCAUGCGGAUCAAUUGCGGGAAGGAAGUCUUUUUGACUCCACGUCGAUCAUUGGCCGAAAAUCGGCGUCAAUCGUCGAGGAGCCGCAAGCGAUCUAGAAGAACGGAGUUCGACACUAGCGACCGAUGAGCACGGGGGAUGGCGGCUCAGCGUUGGGCCCUUUACAAGGAGGGGCCCAGCCCACGGCCGCGACCCCCUCCACUGCCACCUCUCCACUUCAGCAAUCACAACAAGUUGCACAAUCGGGAGCCAAUGUUUCACAAACGGGACCCGGAGCCGGAGCCGCGAGUGUGGCUGGUCAGGCCGCAGUCAAAGCUUCGGCUCCGAAACGUCCGGCUCGUCGUGGUGGCAAAGCAGCCUCCGACAGGCCCGUCAGGGCCCUCUUCUUUCUCACUUUAAAAAACCCCCUUCGAAAAAUGUGCAUUGACGUCGUCGAGUGGAAACCGUUCGAAUGGCUUAUUCUGAUGACGAUUUUUGCGAAUUGUGUGGCUCUAGCUGUUUACACUCCAUAUCCUUAUGGCGAUUCCAAUGCGACCAAUUUCUAUUUGGAAAAAAUCGAGUAUGUUUUUCUAGUAAUUUUCACAGUCGAAUGCAUGAUGAAAAUUAUAGCUUACGGAUUCGUAGCUCAUCCAGGCGCUUAUCUGCGCAACGGAUGGAAUUUGCUGGACUUUACGAUAGUUGUUAUCGGCAACAUCAGCACGAUCUUAACUGUAUUUUUGAAAGAGGGCUUCGAUGUCAAGGCGCUGAGGGCUUUUCGAGUGCUUCGGCCUCUGAGGCUAGUGUCAGGUGUUCCUAGUCUUCAGGUCGUCUUGAAUUCUAUUCUGAGGGCCAUGGUACCUCUACUGCAUAUUGCCCUUUUGGUUCUUUUUGUCAUAAUUAUUUAUGCAAUUAUAGGAUUGGAACUUUUCUCAGGAGAAAUGCACAAGACUUGUAGAAUAAAUGGAACUGAUGAAGAAAUGGAUGAACCACAUCCAUGUGGAAAAGGAGGUUUUCAGUGUGAAAAUAUUGGUGAUAAUUAUUACUGCAGCGAUAAAUUUUGGGAGGGUCCAAAUCAUGGAAUCACCAACUUUGAUAAUUUUGGUUUGGCUAUGUUGACGGUUUUUCAGUGUAUCACCCUCGAGGGAUGGACCGACGUGCUUUACGCAAUUCAAGAUGCAAUGGGAAGUGAAUGGCAGUGGAUUUAUUUUAUUUCUAUGGUUAUACUUGGAGCUUUUUUUGUCAUGAAUCUAAUUCUCGGAGUGUUAUCUGGAGAGUUUUCCAAGGAGAGAGAAAAGGCAAAAGCUCGAGGUGAUUUUCAUAAGCUAAGGGAAAAACAACAGAUAGAGGACGAUCUCCGGGGGUAUCUGGAUUGGAUAACACAGGCAGAGGAUAUCGAACCAGAAGCCGAUGAGCCACAGAUGCAGGAUGGAAAAUCAAAGCAGCAGAAUGAAAUGGAGAGUACAGAUCAACUCGAGGGCGAGGAGGAUGGUGUUCAACAAGAAUCAUUGUGGAAACGAAAGAAACGAGACUUGGAAAGAGCGAACAGGCGCAUGAGAAGAGCCUGCAGGAAGGCUGUGAAGUCUCAAGUUUUCUACUGGUUAAUUAUAAUUUUAGUAUUUUUAAAUACCGGAGUCUUAGCGACUGAACAUUAUCAUCAACCUGAUUGGCUGGAUGAAUUUCAAGAAAUUACAAACAUAUUCUUCAUCGCCCUUUUUUCUAUGGAAAUGAUGUUAAAGAUUUAUAGUUUAGGCUUUCAGGGUUAUUUUGUAUCACUUUUCAAUCGAUUCGAUUGCUUUGUGGUUAUCGGGUCCAUUAGCGAAAUGAUACUGACUAGAACACAUGUGAUGCCACCACUUGGAGUUUCGGUACUUCGAUGUGUUCGGUUACUCAGGGUGUUCAAGGUCACAAAAUAUUGGAGAUCUCUUUCAAAUUUAGUAGCAUCUUUGUUAAAUUCGAUACAAUCGAUUGCAUCUCUAUUGCUUCUUCUCUUCUUAUUCAUUGUUAUUUUCGCUUUACUAGGGAUGCAGGUAUUUGGAGGAAAAUUUAAUUUCAAUGAUAUGGAUGACAAACCUCGACAAAAUUUUGAUUGCUUUUGGCAAAGUCUCCUAACAGUGUUUCAGAUUUUAACAGGUGAAGACUGGAAUACUGUUAUGUACACGGGAAUUUUAGCUUAUGGUGGAGUUGCUAGUUCAGGUGUAAUUGCGUGCGCGUACUUCAUUAUCCUCUUCAUCUGCGGUAAUUAUAUACUUCUCAACGUUUUCUUGGCCAUCGCAGUGGACAAUCUUGCGGAUGCUGAAUCCUUAACAGCAAUAGAGAAAGAGGCUGAGGAGGAGGCAGAGAAACAUAAAUCCCGUAGUCCAUCACCAGGCCACGAUGAAAUUAGUGGUGAUCCAGGUGAUGAUGGAGGUGAUAUAACCGAAGGUGAAGAUGAUGGUGGAGAAACAAGUCUUGAGCAAGAUCCAAAUGAAACUAUGGACGAUUAUGAGGCAGCUUUAGAUACUGAAAAUUCUGAAAAAGGAGAUGACAUGAACAGCAGAGGUAAAGUUCGUUUAAACAUUGACUCUGACGAGGAAGAUCUUGACGUAGAAGAUGAAGAAGAUGAUCAAACCGAAAUGCAUGAUGGAAUCGAUGGAGAAGUGUCAGCGAGGCCAAGACGAAUGUCAGAAUUUAACAUGGCAACGAAAACUCAACCAAUUCCUCCCGGUAGUGCGUUCUUUAUUUUUUCUCAAAAAAGCAGAUUUCGAAUCUUCUGUCAUUGGGUUUGCAAUCAUAGUUAUUUUGGUAAUGUGAUUUUGGUCUGCAUUAUGAUUUCGUCAGCAAUGCUGGCUGCCGAGGACCCUUUGAAAUCAACAUCACCGAGAAAUCUGAUUCUCAAUUAUUUUGAUUACUUCUUCACCACCGUGUUCACAAUUGAAAUUUGCUUGAAAAUGAUAUCUUAUGGAGCUUUUAUACACGACGGCGCUUUUUGCAGAUCGGCCUUCAAUCUUCUUGAUCUUCUUGUCGUCUGUGUAUCUCUUAUUUCCAUAGUUUACAGCUCUGGGGCUAUAUCAUUUGUGAAAAUCUUGAGGGUGCUACGAGUUUUGAGGCCGUUACGAGCAAUCAAUCGUGCCAAAGGCUUGAAGCACGUAGUUCAGUGCGUCAUCGUAGCGGUAAAGACUAUCGGAAAUAUAGUCCUCGUCACCAGCCUCCUGCAGUUCGUGUUCGCCGUCAUUGGCGUUCAGCUCUUUAAGGGAAAAUUUUUUAAAUGCAAUGAUGGAUCAAAAAUGACAGAAGCCGAAUGCCAAGGCACUUAUAUAAUAUACGAUGAUGGAAAUAUUGACAGGCCUAAAGUGGUGGAAAGGGAAUGGACGAAACAUCGUUUUCAUUUUGAUGAUGUUGCUAAAGCCAUGCUAACACUCUUCACCGUUUCCACAUUUGAAGGAUGGCCCGGAUUGUUAUACGAUUCGAUUGAUUCGAAUAGAGAGGAUUAUGGACCAAUUCACAAUUUUCGUCCGAUAGUUGCUACUUAUUAUAUCAUAUACAUUAUUAUCAUUGCGUUUUUCAUGGUGAAUAUCUUUGUGGGUUUCGUUAUUGUUACAUUUCAAAACGAAGGAGAACAGGAAUACAAAAAUUGUGAACUGGAUAAAAAUCAGCGAAAUUGCAUUGAAUUUGCUUUGAAAGCGAAACCAGUGAGACGCUAUAUUCCAAAGCAUCGAAUUCAAUACAAAGUGUGGUGGUUUGUAACAUCCCAGCCUUUCGAGUAUACAAUAUUUAUUUUAAUUAUGAUAAACACUGUAACUUUGGCAAUGAAAUUCUACAAUCAACCAGAUUUCUAUACGAAAGCCCUUGACGUGUUGAAUAUGAUUUUCACAGCAGUAUUCGCUCUUGAAUUUGUUUUUAAACUCGCCGCCUUUCGAUUUAAGAAUUAUUUCGGAGACGCCUGGAACGUUUUUGACUUCAUUAUUGUGUUGGGAAGUUUUAUUGAUAUUGUUUAUUCUGAAGUGAAUCCUGGUUCGAGUAUAAUUUCAAUAAAUUUUUUUCGACUUUUUCGCGUAAUGCGACUUGUAAAGCUACUUAGUCGUGGUGAAGGCAUAAGAACAUUACUUUGGACUUUUAUUAAAUCUUUUCAAGCUCUUCCCUAUGUGGCUCUAUUAAUAGUGAUGUUGUUCUUUAUUUACGCUGUAAUUGGUAUGCAGAUAUUUGGACGAAUCGCCAUCGACGAUGAAACGCACAUCAAUCGAAAUAAUAAUUUCCAAACAUUCUCACAAGCUGUUCUCAUUUUAUUUAGAUCAGCGACAGGCGAGGCUUGGCAAGAAAUUAUGUUGGACUGUUCAGCUCGAGUCAAUAUAGUGAAGUGUGACAAGAAAAGUGAGGAUAAAGAUAAAGAUACUUGCGGUUCGGAUAUGGCGUUUCCAUAUUUCAUAUCAUUCUAUGUUCUUUGUUCAUUUCUUAUUAUCAAUCUUUUCGUGGCUGUAAUUAUGGAUAAUUUCGAUUAUUUAACAAGGGAUUGGUCAAUUCUUGGACCUCAUCAUUUAGAUGAAUUUAUUCGGCUUUGGUCGGAAUACGAUCCGGAUGCGAAAGGACGAAUCAAACAUUUGGAUGUUGUGACUCUCUUAAGAAAAAUUUCACCACCACUUGGUUUCGGUAAAUUGUGCCCUCAUAGAGUAGCUUGUAAGAGAUUAGUCUCCAUGAAUAUGCCACUGAACAGUGACGGAACUGUUCUUUUUAAUGCAACUUUGUUUGCUGUAGUUAGAACCUCAUUGCGAAUAAAAACCGAAGGUAAUAUUGAUGAUUGUAACGCUGAAUUACGAGCAGUUAUAAAAAAAAUUUGGAAAAGGACAAGUCCAAAAUUAUUGGAUCAAGUCGUUCCACCACCGGGUGUGGAUGAUGAAGUCACAGUAGGAAAGUUCUACGCAACUUUUUUAAUUCAGGACUACUUUAGACGUUUUAAGAAACGAAAGGAACUCGAAAUGAAGGAAGGGGAUAUAGAUUGUCACAACGCUGUUACGUUACAGGCGGGUUUGAGAACUUUGCACGAAGCUGGUCCAGAGCUAAAGAGGGCGAUUUCCGGAAAUCUAGAAGAACUAAUCGAUGACAAUCCUGAACCAACGCACAGGAGAAAUCACUCACUUUUUGGUAGCGUGUGGUCGAGCAUGAAAAAAGGUCAUCACAGUUUUCACAGGGCGAGGUCGCUCAAAACAAACUCCACUAUUCCUAAAACUUCACCGACUAAUUCUAUAGACUUUUUGCCGUACGCUUCCUUACGCAGAGUAAAGCACGAUGCUACAAAUCAAGUUACUGCUAGGUCCCAUCAAGUGGUGCCAAACAUUGGAAGUGGCAUGAGUGACACUACUAUGAAUCAAAUGGGAAUUGAUCCAAAACUGACUGGAGUCGAGGAAAAUAUUCCAUUGAGACCACUCGCGGUUUUUAGUGUUCCUGGUCAGCAAACAAAUUAUCAAACUGCAUAUAAAGUACUCGAUCUUCAGGACGGAAUCGAGCGGCAGUUGACGCCACCCACACCUCCUCCAAGAAGGAACCCACCUCCGCCCGCAAAUAUUAUUGUCACCGUCACAGCCACGACGACCGUUACGACCGUCACAACGGUGUCGACGAGCGUCACGACUGCAACGAGUACGACAUCAUCAUCAACAACAGCAACAAGUCCCAGUCCUGCUUCCUCCACGAAUGGAGGUCCUGCAGCUUGUUACUAUGCUUAUGCGACAAGAGGAUGCUGCGUCGAUUGUGCAGUCUGGAACAAUCACGCCGUAGUUGAAUGCGACGAUGAUUCAUCGGCUGAAAGUGCGUCAAGUGGAUCCGGGAGAAGAAAUGGUGAUAGCGAAGGGUGGGUUCGACCACCAAGAAAAUCGUCAUCCCGUCUCUCGCGACAACAAAAACGAGAAGCGUUAACCGGGAGGAAAUCUUCCUCCUUUCGCCAGGCCGGUAAUUUGUCUCAAGGUGAAUCAGGAACUGGAACUCAGGCCAGCGGUCGUACUGUUGCAAAUGGUCUCAAAUUGGCACAAAAUCAGGCAAUUGCCAUUACUGGAUUCCUGGCAGAUGUCGAUUCCCGACAGUGGAAGGUCUGUGAUACUUGUUUUUCACAUCGAGCUUCCUAUCACGGCAGAGUUUCCUGGGCUGGAGAAAGUAAUGGCAGUGUUGGUACAGAGCGCUUAUCACACAGCUUACCCGGAAGUCCCGCUGAUCGGAAACCGAAUUUUGAAGUUAUUGGAAGUGCUGAGAGUCUCGUUGGUCGGGUGCUUGUAGAACAAGGUUUAGGAAAAUAUUGCGACCCAGAAUUUGUAAGAUACACAUCAAAAGAGAUGCAGGAGGCGAUGGAUAUGACUCGAGAGGAAAUGGACCGAGCGGCUCAUCAGUUAUUGCUUCAAGAACGAAGAGGUCAACCAUUGACCUAUCAACUACAACAGGGAAUGGAUCAGCAUUGGAAUUCGUCGUAUAAUCAGGGUCAACAAGCAAUUGGUUAUGAGCCACUGCAGGAGCAGCCAGUUCCGUCUCAAGUUCAACAGCAAUAUCAAACCUAUCAGCAACAACAGCAGCAGCAUCAGCAACAGCCUCCAUCUUAGCACUAGUGAAAACGCGCGCAAAGCGUGUUUCUUCAAACCUGUCUUUAAUAAAACAAACCGGAUCAGGAAUGAAUCCGGAUUUUGGGCUACUCUUUUCGUUACACAGUGUAACCCAAAAAAGAAAAACGUCGUCAUUCGUGACUUUCGAUUCCAAUCGGGAUUGAUUUUAAUGAUCGAGUGGUAUUUUUUUUUAUUUGCUAAUCGUCUAUCGAAAUUGACGAUAAUUAUAUAUAUAUGACGACUACAUAAGUUACAUGAAGUAACUUUUUACUAUGAACUGUUCGAUUUUGAAUAAAAAUUCUGAAUAUCGAACUUUUAUUGUGGUUGUUAAUGGAGAACGAGAGUUUAAUUGCCUGAAAAACAAGGAUAAGGACAUUGAUUAUUAUUGAAAGGAGUUUAAAUUUGUAAGUUCGUCAACAACAAGCUCGUUUGUCAAAAUGUCAAUGAUCAUCGACAGAUCAGGCAUUCUUUUUAAAAGUGGUACACAAAAUAUUUGCAAAAAGAAACAAACAACCCUUUUAGAGAAUUUGACGAACGAACCGAGCUUUGUAACAGCAACGUAUUUUGUACCGUUUUUUAAAAUCAUAAUUCGACCAAGAGCGUAGUUACAUAGGACUGUUAAAUCGUUAUUAACUCGCCAAAAGUUGCGUGUUAAUGUUCGUAUAAAAAAAAGUAAUAAUAAAUGAUUCCCGGACUUUGCUGGUUCUUUCAAAAAUUUCCAUUAAAAACUUGGACGUCAGUAGAUUUACAUUUUCUAAUAACGUUUCUAAUGUCAUUCAACACCUCUCCAAUAUAGCAUCGUAUUCCUCCAAAGGUACAAAGAGAUUAUUUCACCUUGUAAUAUAUAAAAUACACCCAUCGCCAUAAGGGUGUAGUGUAAAAUAAAUUCAAUUUUUUCCUCAUCAUUAAACAAACGUCAAUUUUAAAUACGAGAUAUAAAAUUAAUUUUCCGAAAAAUUUUUUAACUUCUGCUUUUUUUACACUGCACGCUAUUUACUAACGGGGCGAAUGAAAACGCAUUAUCUAAAUCAAUGAUAAUUAAUUAAUUGAAAAUGAAAUUAAUUUACGAUUGUUAAUAUUAUGGUACACAAUUAAAUUGUACAAACAUGUUAUCUAUGUAAAUAGAAGACUUAAAAGUAUUAAACAAGAAUUGACUUUAUUGAAUUAGAAAAAUUGAAUGACAAGAAGUGAAUUUAUUAAAUUAGAACUAAAUUUAUUAAAUCAGAAUUUAAUGUAUUGAAUUAGGGAAAAUUAAUUUAUUAAACUAAUUAAGCUAUAUAAAAUUUUAUUGAGUUAUUAAUUGAAAUGUUGAUUAUAUAUAAAUUGGUUUUUUUUGAAUAACAAUAAUUGAAUUAUAAAUUACUUGUUACAAUAUGUAACAAUAAAAAAGAUUUUAUAGAAUAAAAAAUAAUGUAUAUUUACGUUAUUAUAUAAAUAUAUUAAAGUUUUAUAUUGUAAUAUGUAAAAAUAUAUUACUUUUAAUAAUUGUUUAAAUAAUUUCACUUGGUGAGUUGAUUAAAAUAUUGUAUAGAGACAAUUAGAAAAAAAUGAGUAAUGCGCUUUUAUUCCCUGGGUAAAUGUAUUCAUACACAUCAACAUAAACGAAUCCUCAAACUAUAAAAAUAAAGCGAAAGAUCAGAUACAUUAUAUACAAAUAUGUAGUUCGUAAUAGCGUCAAAAGUGUACAGUCUCUUAAUUUAUAAUGUCUCAAAUUGUGUGCCAGUAAUGAGCCAAGACGUUUCUGAGAGAUCGAAAAAACUUGGAUGCUUUUUACGAAAUUGGGGUUUAUUUAGAAAUUUUAUUAUUAAUUUUUGAAAUAAAUUCUCAUACAUUCGAUGGAAAAUUAAAGUUUCCAUUGUUUGAAAGUUAUUAUUAUUUUAAUUAAUUAAAAUUUUAUUUUUAUUGAAUUUAAACAUAAUUAUAAAUUGAAAGAGUUAAUUCAGAAAUAUAUUUGAAAUUUUAUUAACUAAAAUAAUUUUCAACUUUUAUUAGGUAAUAAAUAAAAUAAUAAAUAGUAAUAACAAAAAACAAUUUUAUGCAUAGAAAAUUUCAUUUAUUUCUGUUAUAGUUUUUUUUAAUGUGUCGAACUUCAUAAUAAUGAAAUGUAUAUUAAAUAUAAAUCAAGAUUGUAAUAUGACAAAUUGUCUGUAUUUAUUUUUGAAAUACUUGUUAAUGGUAAAAUUUAUGAAAUUUCUUUGAUUUUUUAAGCAUAUUUAUAAAGAAAUUGUCCCGAUGGAAGCUUCUUCACGGAUUUUGCAAAUAGAUUAUUAACUCAUUUUUCUUUCAUAAAAUAAAUAUAAUUUAAAAAAUGUUGCAACUAUUCAAAUAACAAUUAAUUAUAUAAUUGAUUCCAAACUACACUAAAAUGUUGAUUUGAAUUAAUUAUUUCAUUUUUUAAAUAUUCGGAAGUAUAUUUAAAAUAGAUAUUGAAAAAAAUAUUAAAUCAGUGAACAAGCUCAUAGUCUCGUAUUAUUUGUUAUUUUGUAAGAUGGAUCAUAGAUGAGAUAACAAGUGCCUAAGUAUCUAAUAUAACUUCUUUCGGACCAGCGAAGACUUUUACCAAUUUGUUAAGUACUAUUGUAUAUUAUGUACAUCGCGCGUACUGUUCCGAAGAAGUAAAUGACUCGAUGUCAAUGUGAAAAGAACAUUCUAAUUCAAAUACUUUCAAAAACCCAAAAAGAAUUCCUGUGCAAUUCGCAAUAUAUUAUUAGCAAAAACUUUUAUAAUAACUUCGAUGAUCAAACAAUUACGAACAAUAUUUUCAUUUCAUUUUUUAAUAUUCGUUUGUCGAUAUUUUUAAAUUGAUAUUUUACUCUCAUUUUUUUAACUUAAAUCUUCACGAUCCAGUAACUUUGUUUGAUCAUCAAAGCAAGCGAAAAACAAUGAAGGAAGUUGUAAUGAAUACCGUAAACAUCCAUGAAAAUUGAAUAAGAGUACAUUAUCGAUAGACUUUCGUAUCUCUAUUCAAUUUCACAGUUUUGACUCUAAUAUAUAAUAAUUAAUUAUGUUAAGGAUUUCAAACCCGAAAUCGAGAAAAAAAUAGACUUUGUUAAAAUUGUAAAUUAUUGUUUGAAAUAAUCUUAUUCCUAUUAAUAUAGACUGUGAAUUUCAUAUUCAUUUUUUCAACGUAUUUCUUACCAGGAUAUCUAGCAAUCGUUUUAUAUAUAUUAUUCAUAAAUAUAAAAUUAAUCUAGAGAUUACUCUAGAAAAAAUCGGCUCUGAUUUACAAGGCAGCGAAAAUCGAUUUAUAAGGUAAAAAUAAUUCAAUAAAAAACAAGAGUUUUCAGAUAAAAAUGAAAUAAACAGACGCCGCAAAUUCCUUAUUUUCUCUAAAAAAGGUGAAUUUCAACGAAGAGGUGCAAAUUGAAGUUUUUUAAUACUAAUAAAAUGUCUAAUUGUACUUAAAUCAUUUUUAUGAAAAUUCAGUCUCAAGAUUUUCAAGUGUUAGAGAGUAGAAACAUUUCGAAUUUCACUAAAAUAAUAAUAGAAACUAUUAUAUGAA